GGCUUCGAAGUUAGGGUUUGGGCAUCUCAAUCCUCCCUGAAGUCUGCUUUCAACCUUGUGUGGAUGUCGUGUUUAGAAUUCCUUUGUGCCACACUUGGUGUCUAGUGUUCGCCGUAGCCAUGGCAACCUCCGCCUUAGCCUCGUCCCUGGUCCCGCCGCGCUGUGCAACUCCUACUUCCUCUCCAACCUCAUCUUCCACGUCGCUUGCCUUCUCUCGCAUCCGUUCCCUGUCCCGCUCCACGGGCUCCCUAGACCUCACUGCUUCUUUCUUCGCUGAUGUUAAUCUCGCCGUCACCGCCAGAAGAGAAGGCAGAUCAUCAUGUCGAGGGAAGGUGACUAUGAUGGCGCCCAUUGGCACUCCGAAAGUUCCUUACCGAACCCCAGGAGAAGGAGGAUGGCAGUGGGUUGAUAUCUGGAAUGUCUUGUAUCGUGAACGGAUUAUUUUCCUUGGCCAGUACAUUGACGAGGAGUUCGGCAACCAAGUUGUAGCUACUAUGCUGUAUUUGGACAGCGUUGACAACUCCAAGCCUAUGCACCUGUAUAUUAAUUGCCCCGGUGGUGAUAUUACACCCUGCAUGGCGAUUUACGACACAAUGGAAAGUAUAAAAAGUCCAGUAGGUACCCUAGCUUUGGGUUACGCUUACAAUAACGCAGGGCUUCUGCUUGCUGCUGGCGCGAAGGGCAUGCGAGUAGCUAUGCCACUGACCAGGGUAGCUCUUAUGUCCCCGGCUGGUGCAGCGCGCGGCCAGGCUGAUGACAUCAUCAAUGAAGCAAAGGAGCUGAACCGAGUGAGGAACUAUGUGUACGAACAAGUUUCAAAGAAAACUGGUCAACCUUUUGAUAAGGUAGUGAAGGAUUUGAAUCGUAUUAAGCGCUUUAGCGCUAAUGAAGCUUUGGAAUAUGGUAUAAUUGACAAGGUUGUAAGACCGAAGCGCAUCAAACCAGAUGCAAGAAGGCAGGAGUCUAUUGGAGUUGGGCUUGGCUAAAGUUCAACACCCAACGUCUUGUUCAAUAUCUCCAGGU